AUGGAGUCACACCAGGGCGCAGAAGGGGCACCUAAGUCGAAACGAACCCCAAACGCGUGUAUCGCUUGUCGACAGAGUAAGAUCAAAUGCUCGGGCAAGGAACCAUGUGCCAACUGCCAGCGGCGAGGAGUGGCCUGUCAAUUCGCAGACGCCAACAAGGUCGUAAUCGAUGAAAGCUACCUUCAAAAAUUGCUCUCUCAAGCAAGGCAAACUGAGGCUCGACCUCAAUCUCAAUCUCAAUCUCAAUCCCCACCUCAGCCUCAACCUCAGCUCCAGCCCCAGCCUAUUCCACGGCAUCGAGAACCAUCAGCAGGAGAAAAGCGUUCCGCUGCCUUGGCCUUUGACUCUACCGUUGAUUUCAACACCGCUCAUUCUGCUAGCACGGAGCCUCAUAAGAAAUUCUUACCUCCAGAUCACUUAGGGGACCAAGAACGAAGUGUUUGGACCAAUCCAUUCACUCUGCCUUCUACGACUGUUAAUGCUGUCUACAAAGGUAAAAUCGGUUGGAGCUGGCUGGCCCCAACUUCUUUAUGGUCUUUGACGACACGACUGUCACUCAUGAUGGUUAAGAAUCUCGAUCUCGAUCCCUCGUAUAAGCUUCCUAGCUCUUCGAAUCAGGAAGUUGGUCUCCCUUCGAUUGACGACGCUCAUUAUUUAUUCAACACGGUCAAGCACCAUCUUGACCAACAGUACCAUUUCUUCGACGAAGAUGAAUUCAGGGCUCAUUUGAAUGAAUUCUACUGUGGAAACUCGCUCAAAAAGGCGACAGAAGAUCGUCUUUGGUUCGUGCAAUAUUUGUUGGUCCUUGCAUUUGGAAAUGCUUUCCUCCUCCGGUUUCGCAAAAAUGGCGAACCACCAGGCUCAAAGUAUUUCUUACGCGCCAUGGCUCUCUUGCCAGACUACAACGUUCUAUGGACUCAAGGUAUACAAGCCGUGCAGACCAUUGCUCUUGCUGGACUCUACCUUUAUUCUUGUGAUCAUCGUGAGCUAGCAAACGUAUAUAUUGGCCAAGCCAUUAGGAUCGCUCAGCUUGACGGUCUGCACACGGAGCUUCCUGAAGCCGAGCUGGGGACAAAAACUGUGAAGCACUGUCGCCACCUUUGGUGGACACUCUACGUGUUGGAUAGGCAUAUAUCCUCCUCACUUGGCCUUCCCAUGGCCAUUAGAGACGAGGAUAUAACCACCGUUAUGACUCAGGCGAUGGAGGGCUCGCCACAUGACGCUACACUGUGCCUCCACGUCAAGCUGUCAUAUUUAUUCACGUCCAUAUUGAGUUCAAUUUACAAAAACGAGAAAACAGAGCUGGGGACAUUUCUAGAAAAGACGAGGAUGAUUCUACAGAAAAUGACCCUCUACGCCCGGGAAAUUGAAGAUAUUGUUUCACCAAAAAGCUCUAGCUCGGUGGAGGCAAUGUCAAAAGGCACACGGUAUAUUAUACUGCUCUAUCACCAGUGCGUGGUGGUAGCGACACGGCCUCUUUUGCUUUCUGUCCUCAAGGGACGACUGGAAUGGCUGGAACACCGGCAAGAUGAUUGGGAAAGCUUUUUGGCUCCAACAAAAGCCUUGAUAUCCACAGGCAUCAAGUCCGCAAUCAAAACUCUACAAAUAUUGAGAGAUGAGGAUAGCCUUCUUGAGGUAUUUCUCCCAUUUGAGAUGGAAGUCACAUACGGCGCUGCCCUACAUCUCAUGAUGGCAAAUACCCUAUUCCCCCACGCAACAGAAGGCCAAAGAUACGACGGUCAAGAAGCCCACGCAAUCCUCGACGAGAUGAUCUCAAAAGGAAACAUGCUAGCAGCCGCGCGAAAAACAGAUCUGACGCAUCUGGAAGGUCUUUUUCGCGAGCUGGCCAUCCGGAUUGAGCGAUACGGGUUGCAGGAAUUGUACCUUGCGACCCCGGAUGAUGCUGACAAUAUCGUGAACGCCCACCGCUCUAAUAUUGAUCAUUUGGAUCAUUCGUCAGCUGAGUAUAUGGCAUUAGAUACUCAUGCGCAGGAACAAGCCAUGCAGAGUUACCUUUCGCCCUCGCAUGUCACUCACGGUCUUGAGAUCUUAGAUGAUGUUGGAAUCUCAUCGUAUGAGUUUUUAUCUAUUAUUGAGCAGAUUGGUGGAGCGGAAAGCAGUUUGUUAGAUCUCGGAUAG